CACCGGGCAGGACUCCGGGCAGCGGCACACCGGGCUGGACUCCGGGCAGAGGCACAUCGGGCUGGACUCCGGGCAGAGGCACCAGGCGAAGCAGCAGGCAGCGGGCCACCAGGCGGAGCAGCAGGCACCGGGCCCCCGGGCGGAGCAGCAGGCACCGGGCCCCGGGCGGGGCAACAGGCACCGGGCCCCCGGGCGGGGCAACAGGCACCGGGCCCCCGGGCGGGGCGACCGGCAUCGGGUCCCCAGGCGGGGCGACCGGCAUCGGGCCCCCAGGCGGGGCGACAGGCAUCGGGCCCCCAGGCGGAGCGGCGGGCACCGGCCCCCAGGCGGAGAGGGGGCGCCAGGCCCCCAGGCGGGGCGGCGGGCGCCGGGCCCCCAGGCGGGGCGACAGGCAUCGGGCCCCCAGGCGGGGCGGCGGGCGCCGGACCCCCAGAUGGAGCGACAGGUCUCGGGCCCUCAGGCGGAGCGGCGGGCGCCGGACCC